GCACGCGCCUCAUCGUAGUUGUGCGCGUGCCGCGGAGCUUGAAGUAACGUGGACGUCACAUCGUUAUCGUCACAUCAGGCGCUGCCCAGCUUCAUCCCUUUGCAUCUUUCCUCCCCACACACUUUCGGUAUUAGUUUUAAACAACUCCAACUAACUUGUUUGGACCCAGCCGAUAAUUUACCGAUGUAGAGCCAGCCGUACGCCGCGCUCCCUCCCGCGAGAACCGAGGAGCGGACUUCUUCUGUCGUAGGCGGAGAAAUGCCCCGGGCGGGAUGUGCUCCAGCCGCAAAAUCCUGUGGAGCCUUCUCCUCCUGUCGGUAGUGGAGGUGGGCCUGGGCGUGGCGAGCAUUGUGCUCGGAGCCGUGGGCAUCAGCUGGGUUCGGGGGCAGCACAAGCCGCAGCAAGGCGACGCUUCCCCGGUGUGGAGCGGACUCUGUUUUCUGCUCUGCGGGAUGUGUGGUGUGUUGUGCGCUCGAAAGAGGACUGGCCUUAUUAUGAUUUUGUUCUCAGCGUGCUGCAUCUGCGGUCUGAUCGCCGGCAUCCUCAACUUCCAGUUUGUCCGUGCGCUCAGUAAACGACCAGACUCCAUGCAAUCUAUCCACCUUGCUGCCAUGACUCUGGCCUGUCUGGGGAUCUCCUCCUGCACAUUGUCCACGUGGCUCACUUGUCGUCUGGCGAGCUCUGAGCAACAAAGGAUGUUCUUGGAGAGGGAGCACUCCCUGCACCAUUCACACGAGAUGACAGAGAAGGAUGCCCUGGACAGCUCCAGUAACGGUAUCCCUCAGAUCUCCUACAACGGACACUCUGGCGCAUCACCAUGACGACAAGUUGACUCACUUGCUGUCAACAGUUAAGAAUGGCUGUACGGCAGACUGAAAUGUUUAAACUUUUGGAAUGCUGAAAGAAAAUACAGUAAGGUACAAUAUACUGCUUGUACACUGACAUAACAUGAGGUUCAUGAAUUGAACAAUAUAAGACAAAUUGUGAGUAAAAAAAUACUGUGCUACAUUCUUCUAUUUGGCCAAUUCAUCUCAAUUAAUCGGAAUAUUGCGGAAAUCCCAAUUUCAGAAAACCGAUUCAAAUGGUAAAACUCAUUACAGCAUUUGUAUUCACUACACAGAGUGAAAUGUUAAGCUAUUCUAUUUUUUAAUGACCAUCACGUGUUACAUUAUAAGCUACAUUUUUUAUAUACGUAAGUUGAAAGUGGCCGUCUGAAAAGAAAAGAAUCGAUAAUAUAAGAUUUCCAGCUGUUUAAUUGAGCUACUGGAACAAACGAAUGUUCUUUUAGCUUGUUUUUUUUAUGACUGUAUUCUGAUUUAUUCAUGUGCACUGGUAACAGAAACACCUCACAAUGACAUGCUGAUUUUAUUAUUAAAUGAAUGCCUGUCUGGCAGUGUAAACACGGCAAUAUUAUCCUAAAUGCAAGAUAUUUAUAUCUAUAUUUGAUAGCCACAGUAUUGGAUAAGCUAGUUCAGGUGUAACCAAUGAAAACAGUAUGUCAGGAAUGUAAACAAUAGGUCAAACAUAUUUUUGUAAGUGCUUCUUACACUAAUAAAUAAACCAAUAAAAGUCUUAUUACAAUGUUUG